AUGACUGAACCAUCAAUUUGCAUGAGGCUUCGAGAUGUGCUUGAAAGACCUCGCGAGAGGAAACUUUCUAAUUUCUUAUGCUAUAUUCUUUUCCUUGCUUCACUUUUUAUUGCGGCCGCUUUCUGCUUCAAAUUGGCUCUCGAUGAUCUGGAAGAGUUCGAAGUGGAAUUGAAGGAAAUAUCAGUCAUGUUCCAGCAAAUCAUCUCAUUGUUCAAGAAUGUUGCCAGAAAUCGGGCAUGCAAAAUCGUUUCUUUAAUCAUCUGUCUGAUGAUUGCUUGUGCAAUGAUAUUCUUAAGCUUCGCGCUAGGCCUUUAUGGAUUCAAAUUUAAACCUGGUUUUUUGCCAGGUUUGAAUGAGGAGAACAUCGACGUUUUCAACGAAGCUCUGAAAACCGUCAUUCCUUUUAUCAGUAUCGCCAUGUUUGUUGGUGGUGUUGCGCUUGCCUUCUGGACGAUAUUCGUAAUUGGGGCACUUUGCCAAAAGCCGCCAAGUAGCACCACAGCUAGAGUAUCAUGCAAGAAUAUCCUUUUCGACAUCGUCAUCACGGAAAUCAUCGAAUCGUAA